AUGGUCACCAUGCAGCCGCCGCCGAAGCCGCUGUGCGACCUCGACGACACCUGGGAGGAUGUCCUGACCGCCUUCCAGGACUGCCUGAAGGGGGAGUCGACUUGGAGCUGUCGCUGCCUUGCCGGUGUGGACAAGGAGGUCAUCCUGUCCGCCCCAGAGAUUAUGGACCCCAAAACGGACUCGGGGUUUGGCUCCGAGACGAUCUACUCCCUCUCUCACCUUCUGAAGACGCAAGAGGUGCCCUCGGCGGCGACCGUGUCUACGGAGGCGGCGCUGCUUGAUGUAAUGGACUACAUCCAUGUCAAAGAGCUGACGUACCUGAAGGGGUACUCGCUCAUCCAGAGCUACCUAGACUUCCCCUACUUCCUGCGCAUGGAUCUGCUCAAGGUGCAGAACGGUACUCUAUACGCUUACUGCCGCGGUGUGCUGCGCUCCCUCGACUGCGUGCUGCGCGCCGUCUUCUCCACGACGAACCGCAGCGAAGAGGAGUUCAUGCUGGUGCCUCCGGAGCUGGACCGUCAGCCCGACUGCAGCGUGGACGAGAUUUUGGCGGAGCUGGAGGCAGCCGCGGCAAAGUCUUCGAGCCCCGCUGUGGCUUCCCGGUUGCGCUUCCGCAAGCACUUUCUCGCGGCCCUCUCGCUGCUGCUGGAGUCGAAGAAGAGGUCGGAUAUUGAGGCAGCGUGCGACAUCUGCCAGGAAGCCCUUGAUCUGCUGAAGAGCGACCAGUACACCCGUUCCAGCGAGCCGGCACCGGAGACGAAGCUGUUGCGCGGGAAGGAGAUCGCCUUCUGGGUCAGCGUCAUCACGCCGACCAAAGCAUUGCCCGCGACGUCCUUUGCUGAUGCCAUGUCUGCCUACAAGUGCCUGCUGCAGCAGCUGAUGUCGUUCAAGACGCUUGUGAACAUCGAGUCACUUGCCUGCAUUGCGGACUUUAUCGAGAACUUUGGUGCACUGCAGCCGCUCCUGCCGGUGCGCUCACUGUGCGCCAUCGUUCUGUUCAGCCGUGACCCUAACGAGUCGUUCCUUCACGGCGCCCCGCUGCACCGCCGCAUGCUGGAGACACUGGCGAAGAGGUACGGCGCCCCACUUUAUCAAAGGAUAUUUGAGGCCGAUGAGGCCAUGAUCGACGGCGUCGUUGAGUAUCGUGUGAAGUGCACGAUGAACCGCCUGAAAGUGACGCCGGAGCAGCGGAUGUUCCUGCGCCAGCAGACGGUCGACUCAGUGCGGCGCUGGACCACGGAGGUGUGCAAGCUGUACCUGGUCUUCCUGGAGACGAUGCUGUGCAACCGCGGGCUGGCGCACCGGCGCAUGAUCAACACGAUGGCGGAUUUCAUCCGCUUCCAGGAGAUGUCGUACACGACCGACCUCUCCGUCUUCCUCGCCAACCUGCCUGGCGUGGCGAAAGAGCUGGAGGCGGAGUGCAUCCGGUGCAGCACGGUGCUGACUCUCUUCUCAAACGACUAUGUACUGCGCGCGAUGGAAAUCAUUAUGAGCUUCGAGGUGGAGCUCGACUUGCUGACGCAGGGAGAGCUCGUGCCGGCCAUGUGGUACAUCAACUUCGCGCAGAGGGCCCAGAAGGAGAACCUGACGACUCUGUGCCUGCAAAGCACGCAUUUCAUUCCCGCGACGCUCAUCAAUAAGCGCACUCACAUUCCGAUCCACAACCUCGCCCUCACCACACGGACGACUGGGCAGAUGGACCUCGCCCACGACGGUGUGCUCGACGCGCGCUGCUCCCUCUCUGAUGCCACCUAUCUUUCCGCCUGUCUUAUGGAGAGAAAGAACCUCAUCGACCUCAUCAGCGCACCGAAGGGGUCCCUUAUCAGCGUCGAGAACGCCUUCAACCACCGCCUACUCCUCUGCUACGGCCAGCUGCGCAAUCCGCCACUGCGCUCGUAUGAGCGGUGCAUGAGCGCGAGGCCGUCGCUCGACGACGUGCGCCAGAUCCCAAUGUACGCUAAAAAGGCGGCUGAGGUGGCCAGCAACGCAGCCGAGAAGCUGAAGGCCCUUAUGUCGAGCAGCGCCAUCGACGACGUGCGCAAGGCCGCUAUUCGGCGCAAUGCGGAGGGGCUGGAGAAGACAGCGCACGUGGUGGCAGCCUCGCUCCGAGCCUUCUCUGCGGUUUGCGAGAAUAGUGAGGAGCUGAAGGAUUACUGCGCCACGGUGGAGCGGCCUGGCCUUCCAAGCGCGCUGACCUUCACGUUCCGCCGGAGGAAGGAGAUCUCCACUGUGUAG